AGCUGAAAUGGCGCAGAAAGGAGUUCAGCUCGACCAAGAAGCCUUCUGUUGUUCAAUCUGUUUGGAUCUACUGAAGGAUCCAGUGGCUAUUCCCUGUGGACACAGCUACUGUAUGAGCUGUAUUAAAGGAUUCUGGGAUGGAGAGGAUCAGAGUAAGAUCUACAGCUGCCCUCAGUGCAGAAAGACCUUUGCACCGAGGCCUGUCUUGGGGAAAAACACCAUGUUAGCAGCUUUAGUGGAGCAGCUGAAGAAGACUGGACUCCAAGCUGCUCCUGCUGAUCACUGCUAUGCUGGACCUGAAGAUGUGGCCUGUGAUGUCUGCACUGGGAGGAAGCUGAAAGCCUUCAAGUCCUGUCUGCAGUGUCUCAUCUCUUACUGUGAGAAUCACCUCCAGCCUCAUUACACUGUUGGUCAAUUUAAAAAACACAAGCUGGUCGACCCCUCCAAGACGCUUCAGGAGAACAUCUGCUCUUGUCAUGGUAGGAUGAUGGAGAUUUUCUGUCGUACUGAUCAGCAGAGUAUCUGUUAUCUCUGCUCUGUGGAGGAUCAUAAAGGCCAUGACACAGUCUCUGCUGCAGCAGAAAGGACUGAGAGGCAGAGAGAGCUCGAGGUGAGUCGACUAAACAUCCAGCAGAGAAUCCAGGACAGAGAGAAAGAUGUGAAGCUGCUUCAACAGGAGGUGGAGGCCGUCAGUCGCUCUGCUGAUAAAGCAGUGGAGGACAGUGAGAAGAUCUUCACUGAGCUGAUCCGUCUCCUCCAGAAAAGAAGCUCUGAUGUGAAGCAGCAGAUCAGAUCCCAGCAGCAAACUGAAGUGAAUCGAGUCAAAGAGCUUCAGGAGAAGCUGCAGCAGAAGAUCACUGAGCUGACGAGGAAAGACGUUGAACUGAAGAAGCUCUCACACACAGAGGAUCACAACCAGUUCCUACACAACUACCCCUCAGUGUCACAACUCAGUGAACCUACAGACUCAUCCAGCAUCAAUAUCUGUCCUCUGAGAUACUUUGAGGAUGUGACAGCAGCUGUUUCAGAGCUCAGAGAUAAACUACAGGACAUCUUGAAGGAGGGAUGGAGAGACAUCUCACUGACAGUGACUGAAGUGGACGUUUUACUGCCACAACCAGAACCAGAGCCCAAGACCAGAGCUGAGUUCUUAAAAUAUUCUCGUAAAAUCACUCUGGAUCCAAACACAGCAAACACAUAUCUGUUAUUAUCUGAGGGGAACAGAAAAGCAACAUACACAAGUCAACAACAGUCUUACUCUUGUCACCCAGACAGAUUCACUGUAUGGUCUCAGGUCCUGAGUAGAGAGAGUCUGACUGGACGUUGUUACUGGGAAGUGGAGGGGAGAGGGACAGGAGCAAUCAGUGUAGCAGUCACAUACAAGAAUAUCAGCAGAGUAGGGAGCUCAAAUGAAUGUGGAUUUGGAUAUAAUGACAAAUCUUGGAUGUUAAUCUGUUACACGACUGGCUAUAGCUUCUAUUUCAACAACAUCAAAACUCCUGUCUCAGGUCCUCGUUCCUCCAGAGUCGGAGUGUACCUGGAUCACAGAGCAGGUAUUCUGUCCUUCUACAGCGUCUCUGAAACCAUGACUCUCCUCCACAGAGUCCAGACCACAUUCACUCAGCCUCUCUAUGCUGGACUUUGUGUUUACUAUGAUGGAGCCACAGCUGAGUUGUGUAAACUCAAAGUAAAUCAGUACACAGCUGCUUUUACUACUGAGUCACAUGUUGUUCAGAUCAGAGCUCAGACCUGUUUCACUUAUCAGGAAGUGAAACUCAGACAAUCGUUGCAACUGACAGCUGAAAUGGCGCAGAAAGGAGUUCAGCUCGACCAAGAAGCCUUCUGUUGUUCAAUCUGUUUGGAUCUACUGAAGGAUCCAGUGACUAUUCCCUGUGGACACAGCUACUGUAUGAGCUGUAUUAAAGGAUUCUGGGAUGGAGAGGAUCAGAGUAAGAUCUCUUGCCCUCAAUGCAGACAGGCCUUCACACUGAGGCCUGUCUUGGGGAAAAACACCAUGUUAGCAGCUUUAGUGGAGCAGCUGAAGAAGACUGGACUCCAAGCUGCUCCUGCUGAUCACUGCUAUGCUGGACCUGAAGAUGUGGCCUGUGAUGUCUGCACUGGGAGGAAGCUGAAAGCCCUCAAGUCCUGUCUGCAGUGUCUGAUCUCUUACUGUGAGAAUCACCUUCAGCCUCAUUACACUGUUGGUCAAUUUAAAAAACACAAGCUGGUCGAGCCUUCAAAGACGCUUCAGGAGAACAUCUGCUCUCGUCAUGAUGAGGUGAUGAAGAUGUUCUGUCGUACUGAUCAGCAGAGUAUCUGUUAUCUGUGCUCUGUAGAUGAACAUAAAGGCCACGACACAGUCUCAGCUGCAGCAGAAAGGACUGAGAGGCAGAGAGAGCUCGAGGUGAGUCGACUAAACAUCCAGCAGAGAAUCCAGGACAGAGAGAAAGAUGUGAAGCUGCUUCAACAGGAGGUGGAGGCCGUCAGUCGCUCUGCUGAUAAAGCAGUGGAGGACAGUGAGAAGAUCUUCACUGAGCUGAUCUGUGUCAUACAGAAAAGAAGCUCUGAUGUGAAGCAGCAGAUCAGAUCCCAGCAGGAAACUGAAGUGAGUCGAGUCAAAGAGCUUCAGGACAAGCUGCAGCAGGAGAUCACUGAGCUGAAGAGGAAAGACGCUGAACUGAAGCAGCUCUCACACACAGAGGAUCACAACCAGUUUCUACACAACUACCCCUCAGUGUCACAACUCAGUGAAGCUACAGACUCAUCCAGCAUCAAUAUCCGUCCUCUGAGAUACUUUGUGGAUGUGACAGCAGCUGUGUCAAAGCUCAGAGAUGAACUACAGGACCUCCUGAGGGACAAAUGGACAAACAUCUCACUGGCAGUGACUGAAGUGGACGUUUUACUGUCAGAACCAGAGCCCAAGACCAGAGCUGAGUUUUUAAGAUAUUCAUGUGAAAUAACUCUUGAUCCAAACACAGCAUACUCAUAUCUGUUAUUAUCUGAGGGGAACAGAAAAGCAACAUACACAAGUCAGCAACACUCUUACUCUAGUCACCCAGACAGAUUCACUAUAUGGUGGCAGGUCCUGAGUAGAGAGAGUCUGACUGGACGUUGUUACUGGGAGGUGGACUGGAGAGGGAGAGAAUUUCGUAUAGCAGUUGCAUACAAGAAUAUCAGCAGAGUAGGGAGCUCGAAUGAAUGUGGGUUUGGAUUUAAUGACAAAUCUUGGAUGUUACAUUGUCACACGACUGGCUAUAACUUCUAUUUCAACAACAUCAGAACUCCCAUCUCAGGUCCUCAUUCCUCCAAAGUCGGAGUGUACCUGGAUCACAGAGCAGGUAUUCUGUCCUUCUACAGCGUCUCUGAAACCAUGACUCUCCUCCACAGAGUCCAGACCACAUUCACUCAGCCUCUCUAUGCUGGACUUUGUGUUUAUCAAGUUGGAGCCACAGCUGAGUUGUGUAAACUCAAAUAG